AUGCCUAAGUCAAAACAACGAGCAUCAGACCUUGUGACGUGUGAUCGAUGUGGAGUGAAUGUCCGUGCGCGUGGGUUAGGAUCCCAUUCGAGGUCUUGCGCGAAGAAGGAACGGGAACAGCAGGAAGAUGAGGAGUUUGUUAGCAUAGUUCAGAAAGCCGAAAAGAAAGAACUUCGAAGGCAGCGUCGCAAAAUUCGUAAUAAUUUACAACGUUUGGAGGAUGCGCAAUCAUCUGCAGUGAAUGCCACCGCGAUAUGGGCCGCAGACUCAGACGUUGGGUCUUCACCUCGCCAAUACCCUCCGGCGGACCCAUUACCUGACUUCCACCAAACCGAUCCUGGUCCCAACGAACUGGAUCCUGGUCCCAACGAGCCCGAUCUUGGUCCCAAUGAACCAUAUCCUGGUCCCAACGAGUCCAAUCCUGGUCUCAAUCAGCCUGCGCACGAGCUUGACGAUAUCAAAGUCGAGCAUCAUCCUCACAGCCAAAUUCCUUCUACCGUGCAUCGCUUUUCUGAGUUCUCGUUAUACCAAAUAUCUGUUCCCCUCGGAAAUGAAGUGCGCGAAUUCGACAUGCACUACCGCCCACUCUGGGAUUGGGUCCUUGACUUAUUGCGAGACAAACGUCUUGCACCUCAUUUCGUAUUUGAUGCUCAACGUCUCUCGAAAUUCAACGGAGAAAGAUUUGUACGUUUUAUUUAUGAACCAUGGACUGCCAAUGCGUUUUGGAAGGCACAAUCGCAGCUUCCGCCAGAUGCAAAACCACUGGCAUUCAUCCUCUAUGCGGACAAGAGUAAACUAUCAUCAUUUGGGAGCCAAAAAGGCUAUCCAAUCAUUGCGCGCAUCGCUAACCUACCGGUUCAUAUUCGUAACAGUAAUACUGCCCUAGGAGGUGGUCGUGUCGUCGGCUGGCUGCCCAUUAUUGUUGAGGAUCAAGAACAUGCGAAAAAGAAGAACUAUGUAGACUUUAAAAAUGCUGUCUGGCAUACAUCCUUCUACCAGCUUCUUGUCUCGGUUGCGAAGCACUCAAAUACAGGCUAUUGGUUUGAAUGCGGAGACGGAAUCCGACGUCAUCUCUGGCCCCUUAUUUUGAUCUUAAGUGCCGAUUACGAAGAACAAUGUGUCAUGGCAUUGAUCCGUGGGCUUAAGGGAAAAUUUCCGUGUCCAGUUUGUUUGGUUCCACAAGACGAGCAGUCCAUUCUCCGUACCCAUGAGCUGCGUACAAGCCACCAAUCUGAAGACAUACUCCGCACUGCAAGAUCAAAGCUGUCUGAGAAGGAAAAAGAGGGUCAUCUAAAGGCUUUCUCGCUUCGAAACGUUGAGAAUGUCUUCUCGAGAAUUCUUCAUGUCGAUGUUCAUCGUGCACUUUCUUUCGACCGCCUGCAUACAAACGAGGAAGGAUUAUGGGGUGACCAUUUGUGGAAGGAAGUAAAGUUUUGGAUUUUGGACCUCGGGCGUGAAGCGGCUGUCAAACUCGAUAAAAACUUCGAUGAACUUCCACGAUGGCCUAAUUUAACACAUUUUUCAUCUGUCAUCGCAGUUGAUUUCACUGAUGGUUCUGUUCUCGGCGAUCUGUCCAAGAUGAUUGUCUUUGCGGCGCAGGAUAUCCUUACUUCAUCCCACUGUAAACUGGGACAGUUACUUCUUCGUUGCAUUCACUACUACAUCGAGUUUGAUAUUUAUGUCUCAUUAGAAGUACAUACAGAGGAUACAAUUGCAGCUGGAAGGCUGGCACUGCAAAAGUUCUCAGAAAUGAUGGAUGAAUAUAUUGCACAAUCACACCCCGAAACCAACAAAAAUUGGAACUUUCCAAAGAAACACUUGGUCUCACAUGCAUUCGACGAUAUUCUAGCCAAAGGUGUGACACGUAACUACAGUACCAAGCCAAAUGAAAAGAUGCAUGGCUCUUUACGAAAAAUUUAUCUUCAACGCACAAAUUUCAAGAAUGUUGCUUCUCAGAUUCUACACUAUGAUGAAUGGCUUCUAACUUCGACAUCUAUGCGCACUGAACUCGACGAACUCGACAAGUACAAUCAACGAGACACCUGUGACCCCAAGACCAACGAAGCCCUGGAUGACUCCAAUGCUGGAACAUCUGAAUCUACUACUAUUCACGCACAUUUAGGUUCGAGGCAGGGCAAUCACUCUUUUUCCGACAUCAUGCACUUGCAUGGAACUGACAGGGCCUUCACCGACUUUCGGAUGAAGCUAAACAGCUUCCUAAAUGGUUUUCUGCCACAGAAUAACAUUCCGUUACCAGAUGGAAGGCGCAUUCACCUGCAAGCAGAGGAUACAAUAACAGAGUUUAGGUUCUUGCGGAUCAAUUAUGAAUCACUAGUCGACUGGUGCAUGCACCAAGACUUACUCCGAUGCAGUCCAAAUUUCUAUGGAUCACCAAGGUACGACUGCGUCAUGGUGAACACUGCAAACACACCAUUUUUCGCUCGCCUCGUAUACAUGUUCAGUUGUCUGGUUGGCAGCACUGAAUUCCCUCUCGCACUUAUUCAUCCGUAUGACGUCGGUAUUGCCAAUAGUCGUCGGAGGCGGGAUAAUGAUAUGGGAUUGUGGCGCGUGCGAGCCAAACCUCGCUCAUCUUCUGAAAUCAUUUCUGUUCGGUCAAUCGUUCGGGGAGCUGCUCUCGCCAGAAAUCCUGAAACAGAUGGGGAUUACUUUGUCAUCCACACUGUGGACACUGACAUGUUCCUUCGAGUCAAGGCACUCCAGGCUAGUGCUCAAUCAUUGUGA